AUGUUGUUUGCGAUUUCUGCUGUGCUUCUCUUGCUGCGUGCCUCGACGCUGAAUGCCGAGGAGAACUGCCAGCUGAAACCUGUUAUUCACGUCAUCAAGGAACCCGGCUGUCAACCGAAACCCGUUCCCUCUUUCGCUUGUCAUGGGACCUGUGCCAGCUAUGUUCAGGUUUCUGGCUCCAAAUAUUGGCAAGUCGAGAGAUCUUGCAUGUGUUGCCAAGAAGUCGGAGAGCGAGAGGCCACCCGUCGGGUAUACUGUCCCGAUCAAAACCCGAAAUAUCGAAAAGUUAUAACCCGGGCUCCGGUCGAGUGUAUGUGCAGACCGUGCUCGACUCCGAAUGAAGACGACAUCGUCGCUCAAGAAUUGUCCAACAUGAGCAAAAAACUCCGGAGAGUAGCAGCUUCGGCUAUCUCGAAUAGCUUCCCGUGGCCGGGGCGGAAAUAUCCGCGGACUUCGUGUUCCCAUCUGGAAGUUUCUUGUUGCUAUUGUAAUCAUUGA